AGUUGUAAUUUGUGUGGGAGAAGAAAAGAUUUUACUUAGAAACUCAGAAAACAGCAAGUCAAAACACACCCAAAGGUGAAUUUGAUCUACAUACACCUUCCCCCUUUUAGGUUUUAUUUGUAUUUUUUUAUUUCAUUUCUCUUCUCUGUCGAUCUCAGUUUACCAGUCUUCGUUUCACUUGAUUUUUUUUGCAAGUUAUAUUCGAUCUUCUUCUCACUCAGUCUCUUGAUGAACUAGGGUUUAGAGGGUUUUAAGUGUUUCUACAAGUAGGUUUCUCUUAAAGAUUAGGGCUUUUUUGUUCUCAAGAUUUCUAGAUGGGAAAGUUUUUAGAUUAGCUGUUGGUGGCGACUAGAAUAUACUGAUUUUGAUCUUUAUUGCACUACUUUUAGUUUAAUUUUUGUUUUUUUUAAGUCUAAAGGUCGUCACUUUUCUAAUUGUACGGUUAGUCAGUGGGGUUUUGAGUGUGAGAAGCUGAAGCAGCUGAUAAUCUUUCUAAGCUUAAAGGUGUGUUACUCCAUUUUUAGCGAUUCGUUUGCUUUUUUUUUGCCCUCUUUUGGGUUUGAGUUUCUGAGUAUCUCUGAGAGGAUUGGGUGGUGGUGUUGGUGAUCAUGGUGAUGUAUGGAGAGUAGAAUAGUGAGGAGGACUCGUGUAGAAGAUGAUACGGAAGCAAAGGGUGGAAUGCCAAGCUUUGUGCCCCCAAUUCCACCAUCUUCUGAACUAAGAAUCAGUGCUUGACCCAAAAAAAAAAAACAAGUGGUAGAAAUAUUACUCCAUAUAAGGCAAAACAGUUGACAGUUCUCUCCAAUUUAACAUCACUGCUGCUAGAGUUGGCACUCAGAAUUUGCCAAUACAAAAAGGACACUGUAAUUUUAUUUCUGCCUGUAGUGGCCACCUUAAAAUCUGUGGAGAUCCAGAAUGGCGGAUGGCAGUCCUAGGAGCGAUAGCUCAACAGAUGGUGACACAGAGGAUAAGAAUGCUAGGUUCGAUAUAGUUCCGUCGUCUGGUUUAGCGGCUUCUGAUUCAAGUGACAGGUCAAAAGAGAAAACAGGGGACCAGAAGACACUUCGCAGACUUGCCCAAAAUCGUGAAGCUGCACGGAAAAGCCGUCUGAGAAAGAAAGCCUAUGUUCAACAGCUUGAAACUAGCAGGUUGAAGCUAACCCAACUUGAGCAGGAGCUCCAGCGAGCUCGCCAGCAGGGCAUCUUCAUUUCAAGCUCAGGGGACCAACCUCAUUCAAUGAGUGGAAAUGGGGCAUUGGCCUUUGAUAUAGAAUAUGCAAGAUGGCUAGAAGAGCACAAUCGACAGAUAAAUGAAUUGAGAGCAGCGGUGAACUCCCAUGCAGGUGACAACGAAUUACGCAGUAUAGUGGAUGGAGUCAUGGCACACUACGAUGACAUUUUCAGACUGAAGGGAAUUGCUGCAAAGGCCGAUGUCUUCCACAUGUUAUCUGGUAUGUGGAAAACUCCAGCAGAAAGAUGUUUCUUGUGGCUUGGUGGAUUCCGCUCGUCUGAACUCCUCAAGCUCCUCGUGAGUCAACUGGAACCUCUUACAGAGCAGCAGUUGGUAGAUAUUUGCAACUUACAACAGUCAUCUCAACAGGCAGAGGAUGCAUUGUCGCAAGGAAUGGAGGCACUGCAGCAAUCCUUGGCCGAGACAUUAGCCAGCGGGUCCCUUGGCCCUGCGGGAUCAUCUGGUAAUGUAGCCAACUAUAUGGGUCAGAUGGCAAUGGCUAUGGGAAAACUUGGAACUCUUGAGGGUUUUCUUCGUCAGGCCGACAAUCUUCGCCAACAAACUCUGCAGCAAAUGCACCGUAUAUUAACAACACGCCAAUCAGCUCGUGCACUUCUCGCAAUAAAUGACUAUUUCUCUAGACUCCGUGCCCUUAGUUCGCUCUGGCUAGCUCGCCCUAGAGAGUGAAUAAUAUUAAAAACUUGAUCGUCAUUCCCACAUUUGAGGAAAAUCUUCUCAGCAUAAGAUAUAUCUUUUUGGAAGGUCGGUCUGAGCAACCGAAAUUGAGUUUCAGGUUUUGUUAUUUGUCAGCAGUAGUUGGUUCUAUCAUAGCCACUCCAACUUCAUUGGUUGCGUCAUCUGUUGUAAUUUUGGGCUUUUCCCUGGCCUGCACCAUUUAUGAAAAUACAACAGUUGUCUGUUAAUUAUAGUAUAUUCUAAACCGGGUCAGUGCUGUAUUUUGCUUGUUUCUCAAUUGGGAACAGAUUACAGUUUCAAUUUUCUUUUUCAUUUUCUGUUGUUUUUUUAGUAUACAUAGAAGUCUCGGUGCAUUUUGUAACAAAAGAUUAGAGUUGACUAGAAGAAAUUGGUGUAUGGAGUAUUGGUGAAGGGACUAAAGGCUGUUGUUGAUGUUGA